AGAAUAUGAUAAACAACGAGAUUUAACGGGACUAACGUUGUACGCUAAAACCCAAGAAUGUUACCAAUAGUAAGUAUUUUUGCGAUUAUUAUUCUGUUUUCAGAGAAUAAUUAAUCAACUUGAUGAGAGAGAACAACUGAAUAUCAUUUCUGAUGCUUAUUAACUCAGUGAUUUCAAUUUCUGCUUUUGAUCAUCGAAAUGAUACAUUAUGAGACCACACCGCCAUUUUGACAGCAUUUUUAAAUAUCGUUAAUAUUUACAGAACGGUUCAUCGAGCCUGAUGUCGUCGUUGAGUUUGCCUCCACCUUUGCCAAGUCAGACUCCAUCCAUGACGCAGUCAAAGUUAUCGACAACCGUUAUGGGAAGCGGAAUGACACCCUUUGGAACGCCCGGUAUUUCGGCACCUCCUCCUGUUGUACCGAAUCUCAUAGUUCCAUCUGCUCUGCGACCAACAGCCAUGCAGCAAACUUUAGGCAAUGUACAACUGAAACAAACGGGCGAUAUUAUACAGGGCUCCGGAGCGAAAAAAUCGUCGAAGGAUUUAGAUGCGUCGAAAUUGAAUGUUAAACAGCAGGAAGCAAUAGAAAAAGUUCGGAAGUAUGCCAUGGAGCAGUCCAUUAGGCAAGUUUUGGUGAAGCAUACGAUAGCUCAACAACAAGCUCAAAUGAUUCAUUUUCAAACAACAGUUCAAAGACAACAAGCACUAGCGCUCAUGUGUAGAGUGUACGUGGGUUCCUUAAGUUUUGAAAUUGAUCAAAAGGUAGUGGAGAAUGCAUUUUCGCCGUUUGGUCCAAUUGCAGAUCUAUCUUUACCCUACGAUAACAUCACUCAACAUCAUAAAGGCUUCGCAUUUGUAGAAUAUCGAGUUCCUGAUGCAGCUUCUUUAGCAUUGAGUCAAAUGGAUGGCGUUAAAUUAGGAGGAAGAUUUAUUAAAGUGGGAAGACCAUCAAAUAUGCCCCAGGCACAACCAAUUAUAGAGAAACUAGCAGAAGAAGCCAAAACCUUCAAUAGGGUCUAUGUUGCUUCCAUUCACUCUGAAUUGAACGAGAGUGACAUUCAAAGCGUUUUUGGCGCAUUCGGUAAGAUCAAAUCUUGUUUACUUCCGAUGGAUUCGUCUAAACCGGGUAAACAUCAAGGGUACGCCUAUAUAGAAUAUGAGGAAAGAAAGGCUUGUGAAGAUGCUGUAAAUUCAAUGAAUAUGUUUGAUUUAGGUGGCCAACUGCUUCGAGUUGGGCGUUGUGUUACACCGCCCGAUGUUACAGUUUCGGCACCAGUUUCCAUGCCGUCUAGCAUGCCCACAGCAGCAGCUGUCGCAGCUGCUGCUGUGUCCAUGAAGUUAAGCGCCAUGGAAACUCUAGAAAAUGGAAAUAGUAAAUCAUCGAAUAACAGUUUACAAAAUUCCCCAAAGGUGUCAAAUGGUCCUCCUGCUCCUGGUAUUUAUAUACCAACCACGCUGAGUGCCCAACCUAUGGAGGUAGAGGAAGACAGUCCAACUCCAACACCUCCUGAUGUUCCUCCUGUUGGCAUAGCUAUACCCUCCGCUCUGGGAGCAAGUGCAACUCCGGUUCAAGUCCCAACUCCCACACCACCUCCGCCCCCUCCACCACAGCCAAUUGAAGAAUCUAAGGAGCCAAUUUUGGUGCCUGAUCCAGUAUCAAUAGCGGCCACAGAAGAAGAACAGAAGCCGGAUAUCGAUACAACAUUAAGCACACAAGAAAACUUGAACAUUAGUGGAACUUCAGCUAGACAAAUGCUGAUGCAUAAAUUAAUGCAAAGAUCUGCUGCCCGACCCUACCAGAUAACUGAUUGCCGAGUAAUGAUCUUAAGAAAUAUGGUAGGGCCUGACGAUGUGGAUGAAGAAUUAGAAAAUGAAGUUACUGACGAGUGUGCUAAGUUCGGUAACGUCAACAGAGUUAUAAUUUACCAAGAGAGACAAGGGGAGGAAGAAGAUGCUGAAGUUAUUGUAAAAAUAUUCGUUGAGUUUUCAAACGAGAAAGAAGUUGAAAGUGCUAUUGCAGCUUUGAACAAUCGAUUUUUCGCAGGCCGAGUAGUUAAAGCUCAAAAAUAUGAUCAAUCUAUGUUUGACGUGCAAGAUUUAUCUGGAUAA